AUGUCUGGCCAGAUCCAUAUAUCAACUCCACACAAAUUCAAAUAUCAACUGAAAGCUAUCAACGCGGGAGCUCAACCACCUCCAGCUCCUGGAAGCCUCUCAGGGCUACUUAAUGUCAGCAACGAUGAACCCGAUCACUUGAAGAAAAAAACUACGAGUCAACUGUGCCCAGGGUAUUUAGGGAGAACUGGGGCCACGCAUCAGUCAUCCAACAAGUCAAACAUGAAGUGUAGCCUCCGGUUGUGUCUUUUGUGCUGCCAGAUGGUCCAACGAGUGCAUGGUUUGACAUGCAACUUCAAGGCCCACUUUUACACGGCUUUGUCUUCUGGAGAUCAACAUCGGUCAAGCCCUGCGAUCAACAACUUUGUACCAUUUCAUUUGAAUGUUUACAAUCAAGGUUCCUCUCAACCCCUAUCUCAACCGACGGUUUUGACUCAACAUUCCUCCCCAUCCCUAGCCGGACCAAGCGGGUCACAGCAACCAAAAUCGAGGCAAAUCCAGUCCGCCCAAGCCAAUCGGGCAGUGACCUCCACCCUAACACCAUCACAGCUAUCCGAAUACCAUGAAAAUCUUAAGGCAGUUGAUCUUGUAGCAAAGAGUCGGGAUGCUGCAAAAAGAGAGGCAGCACGCACAAUUUGGAUUGAGCUUUGGACUAAGCCUGGCUCUAGCACGCUUAUCAAUGCAGAAGCACCCAAUUGGCCCCUUUUUUCACUCCAAGAGUUUCAAAUCAUUCUUGAUAAAUGUAGGAAAGUGACGAGCAACACAGAGGACUGGGAGUCGGAGAUCGAGGUGUGGAACAUGGAACAAUUCCAAUGGGUUUCCCUAGCCCCUACAUGCACUUCAAAGUAUCCUCCAAUCCCGCGCAAAAUACUGGUCCGACUGGAAUCAAUAUCUGAUAGCAAUUGCGUGGGCCUUUCCAAAGCAAUCAUAAAGAUGACCACCGAGGGACCCUAUGAGCCACUUACCACACCGUCUCGGUGCAUCAUCACAAACUCACCAAACCCGCCAAAAAUCGCCAGUUCAAGUUUGAAGUCACCAGUACCAGUACCAGUACCAGCACGAGCACCAGCACCAGCACCAGCAGUCCGUCAUCAUAUUCAACUAGAUGUGGAGACGUCUAUGGAACCAGCCACCCCAGAUAACUCCGAGAUCUCCGAUAUCGAAUGCAUAGGAUCCUCGGAUUUGCAUGUCAAGAAUCAAAGGGCCAAGAGUACUUGGCCCGAUUCUAGGGUAUUGCUCCGCCAAACCCUAAGAUGGCAUCUAUCAUAUGACAGUGAAGGUAGUCCACGAGUUGCCUGGGUCGAGUUCUUUGGAGAUAUGUAUGAUUACGGUCAUACCACGGUGUAUCGAGUCAAGAAUUGGAUUAACCUGGUGGGAGUCAAGAAGUUGGACCUUGACACUCGCGAGAACCCUUCCCUUACCCUCAUCGCAGCUCAGAAGAAGUAUCAGCAAGAGUGGUUGGCAACAAAGACCAAGCAAAAUGAUCAAACAGUUCAACCAAAGCAAAAACAAGAUCGUGAACAUGUUCAACAGCAGGAAUUGAAAAGAAGAAAGGUGGAAGUUGUGGACAACACGCGCUCUGAUGUACAGAUUGUGAACAAUUGA